AUGUACAGCUGUUUCCCCUACGCAUCAUUUAAUCGCGCCCACCCUUACCAGUAUCAAUCGUCGGACCCCUCCCCAACCCCUGAUUCGUCCGACUCCGCAUAUUUCCGUGCACUCGCCGACGAGCAGGCCGCUCGCCAGCAGUACCUUGCCGCCCGCCGCGCACAGGAGGAGGCCCGUCAGCGUGCCGCCCGCGCCCAUCUCGCCCGCCAGGCCCACUCACCGUACAGUUCGUACCUUCCUCACGAUGGCGAGGACGACUUUGACGACGGUAUGUAUGGGUUCGGACCCACCGUACCCUCUCGGCAGCAGCGCGCAAUGAUGGAGGAGCAGCGCAGGCGAGAGAUGUUGGAGCGUGAGCGUACCCGCUUGGAGGAAGAGCGCCGCAUGAGACACGAGGAGGAGUGCCGCGAGAGAAUUAUUGAGGAGGAGCGUCGCCGGAGGGCUGCAGAAGAGGAGCGUCGCCAGAGGUUGAUGGAGGAGGAGCGGCUCCGGCAUAUAUUGGAGGAAGAAGAUAGCCAUCGAGAGGAGCAAGACUGGCAGCGCCGCCGUCAGCCGAACGAAGAUGAACUCGACCCUCUCCUUCGUGCACUGGGUCUUAGCCCUGCAGGUUUUGGUCGAGAUGAAGACAUGAGUCCACGGCCAGGUAGGGCACCCACCCGUAUACACACAGCGUCGCCGCCGCAACGUCGGCGACCUAUGCGCUCUCAAGAACCCCGUAAGCCAACGACCGCACACCCGCAGCCUCACCCAGCGUCAAGCGGCCGGUCAUUUUCCCUACCUCCGCAUGCGUCCACGACCAAGCCAACAUCUCCAUCACCGAAACCACAACACGAGCCAUCCCUCAACCCCGAACAAACUGUUGCAGCGCGCAAGAUCCUUGCCGCCUAUCGCACACACGCGUCUCGCGCACACGCCCUGCGCGCGAUCGCCUCGCUCCACACCCGCUUCGCCUCGCUCAAGGCCGGCUUCGCCGGUCCGCCCACCAUCGACUUUCUGCUCCCGUCCGGCGCGCACGUCACCGUUCCAGUCGAGUCGGUCAUUCCGUCGCCCUCGGUGGAUGCUAGGGAGGUGUCGGAGGAGGACGGUCGGCCGCGACUCGCAUACACGUCGACGAACGGGGCAAUUCACUCCUAUCAAGAGGAGUUGAACCGUAUCCUCGCGUCACUCGACACGGUGGAGAGCGGCGGGGACAUCGGCGUGCGUGAGAGUCGGAGAGAUCUCGCACGGAGUGUUGAGCAAGAAGCAGAACGCGUGGAGCGCUGGAUUGGAGAAGUUUGGGAUGAGUGGGUCCGCACGGAGGGCAGGAGGGUUGUCAGUCACCUUCCGGAGGACGAUAAGGCGCAGGUGCAGUUGCAGCCUCGAGAGGCCGAUGCGAUGCCUGAGAUUCAUACCCCUACCAACGCAGAAUCGACGACGAUUGAGAAGGAGGAACCGCAGACUCUGCAGACGCUCCAGGAGCCUCCGCGGAUUACAAUUUCGGUCGUUGGGCCCGCUCUCGGAGAAGUAUCUCCGCCAGAAGCCCCGCAGCUGCACGAUGACUUGGAGCGCCAAGUGCGGAACGACGCUGGUGAACCGACCGUCGAUACCCACAUGCAGGUUGAUGACCCGGCGGAGACAUUCUACACCCCAGUGGAUGUUCAGGCCUCGGAGUCCAUCAUAUCUCAACCGGAGGUCGAGGCGCGGGCAACCACACGGAAAUCCGAAGCGAACGCAAGCGAAGGCGUUCUCGAGACGCCAAUUCUCGCGUCAGUCGAGACGAAGGUACGAGCUAUCGCGGAUGCGGCGUCUCUGUCACCGCUGGACAUCCACAUCAGUGACAUUCAGACACCAACGACCUCUACGACUCCAGCCGCAACGAUUGCCUCUGACAUAGCGGUGGAAACAAAUACUGCGGAGGAGUCGAGUUCUGCGCACGCGGAGUUGCAAUAUUCUUCGUCGGACAUCGACUCUCCCGACGUGCCUCAUCUCGACUCUGGUGUCGAGACGGACAGUGCGUCCAGUCCUCGAACGCCAUCCCUCACGGCACCAAGUUCUUUGGUGGAGUCGUCACCAACGAUUGUGCCGGUGGAACUGCCAGCAGUGGAUCCGGAGCAAGUGCCAAUACCGGACGACACACUCUCUGGCAUUGAGAAACCUGCUGCACCUAGGCAAAAGUGGGGCGAGGUGGAGAUCUUCGACCUGUUCUAG